AUGCCUCCUAAAAAGCCUCUUACCGACUCCGCUGCCACAACCCCGGGUCACAACUGUAACAACUCCGAGGUCGGUCUCAUGCUCGCAAUUUUGCGACUGAUCGACCGUCCCGCCAUUGACUUGGACGCCCUCGCCGAGGCCGUCGGUGCUGCCAGUGCCAACGCCGCCCGUACGCGCAUCUCCGCUGCCGCUUCGAAGCACGGUUGGUUUACCAACUCUGCCACAGCCACCGCAUGCAAUGUCAGUAACCCUGUGACCCCUCGCGGUAAAAAGGCUAUCGGCUCCAGCGGACGGAAGAAGAAGGCUCCAGCCGACGAGUCUGACGGCGAGGAAUCCCAGACUCCCUCGAAGAAGAAGCGUCUCAAUACCAAGUCCAAGAGCGCUGCCAAUGCAGAGCCUGAUGGAGGAAGCACCGCUCACGAGCUACACGGCGAUGGUGAACAGAACGAUGCUCCCAAGGAGGCCGAUGGCGACGAUGGGGUCUGA